UGUAGCUUUGACCAUCAAAGAAGUCUUCCAAAGUAGAUUUGCAAUUUUAGUGUUAGAAGUAUUUACUGUAGUUAGUGAACAAAUUAUGGAAACUGAAAUACACAGAACGCCGAUACAAAACUUUUAUGCCGGAGAGUCGAUCUUCAUUACAGGAGGUACAGGAUUUCUUGGAAAAGUCUUGAUUGAGAAACUAUUACGAAGUUGCUCCGAUAUUUCUACGAUAUAUCUAUUAAUACGUUCGAAAAAAGGCAAAUGCCCCAAAAAUCGACUAGACGACAUAUUUGAAAAACCUAUUUACAGUCAAGUAAAAAAAGAAGUACCCAAUUUCCGUCAAAAAAUCGUGCCGAUUCUAGGCGAUAUAAAUGUUGAAGGCUUCGGAUUGUCGGAAAAUGAUAAGAACAUACUAAUAAAUAAGGUAUCCAUAAUUUUUCAUAUGGCAGCAAAUGUACGUUUUGACGAAGAAAUCAAAGUUUCUACAUUAAUAAACAUUAACGCUACCUCUACCAUCUUGAAACUGGCAAAACAUAUGACAAAUUUGAAGGCACUUAUUCACGUAUCAACUGUAUACGCAAAUUGUCAUGUGGAUCAUAUCGAAGAACGAUUAUACUCAUAUCCUAUUAACCACAAAAAUCUUAUUACGCUCACAAACAGUUUACCCGAAGAGAUGAUCAAGAAGAAAAUAUCCAGAAUUAUUUCACAAUGGCCAAAUACAUAUACAUUCACGAAAGCAAUUGCGGAAGGGCUUCUCCGAGACGAAAACAGAGAUUUACCAGUUGGAAUAUUUCGACCUGCGAUAGUUGUAUCCUGUGCCAACGAGCCACUUGUUGGAUGGAUCGACAAUAUGUAUGGUCCGAUAGGCAUUGUCGUGUCUACGCUACUUGGCUUUACAAGAUUUCAUCAUUGUGAUCCCAAUGUCACAGCAAAUAUAGUGCCAGUUGAUUUCACCGUAAAUGCAUUAAUUGCUAGUGCAUGGGACGUAUUUAACCAACGCAGGAGGGGCAAAGACAUGUUAAUUUAUAAUUUCGUGUCACAAAUUGAUGGACCUACUUGGGCUGAAUAUCGUAAUAUAUUUAUUAACUUCAAUAAAACGUAUCCCUUGAAUAAUGCUAUAUAUCUACCAAUAAUAAUUUUCCUACGGCACAAAACACUUUAUAAAAUUUGCUUAUGGCUUGGUCACUUUCUUCCGGCUUUGUUUGUGGAUUUUGCAAACAUCCUUUUAAAUCAUAAGCCAAGAAUGUGGAAAUUGUAUUUAAAGAUUCAUAAAUUUUCCAAUGCAAUAUCACCUUUUUGCACUAAAGAAUGGACCUAUGCCACUGACAAUGUUCAAAAAAUGUGGGAUCAUCUCACUGAAAAGGAUCAACGCAUAUUUAAAUUCAACAUGAUGGAAUUUGACUGGUCAAAUUAUUUGAUCAAUCAGUAUAAGGGUAUACGUCUCUAUUUACUCAAUGAUAAUGACAGUACUUUAGAAAUGAGUCGCAUCAAAUAUAAAAGAUUUUAUUGGACACAUCAAAUUAUCAAAGCUGUAUUUAUCUUUAUUGUCUUUUGGACUAUCUUCAUUAUAUUUACAAAAAUGUUUUCAUAAUUUUUACAGAGAUGGAAAGUAACUCGUUACUUGUAACAAAGUUACAGUUAGAGUUCCUUUUUUUUAUAACUGUAACUUAACUUUGUUACUUUUUUUAUCUGUAACUAUUAACUUAACUUAGUUAUAUUUUUGUGUAACUAAUAAAUAAAUUAAUAGUUAUUGCUGUGGUUGUUUUAUAUAUUUCACUUAUUUAAUAUAGGCUACACUCAAAAACAUCACUCGAGUGUCAUCGUGUUUUAUUAUAUCUUUGUUUAACAUUCGAUAAACAAGCAUAAAAUGAUAUAUGAAGUUACUCAAGCUAUGUUUCCAAACGUAGCUUUAAUGUAAUUGAUUAGAUUUGAAAUUAGGAAUAAGUCGUAAUCCUGUUACUUAACCGCUUAUUGUUAGUAAUUAAGUGUAAUUGAACAAUUGUUUAGCAUUGGUAGUUCUGUAAUAUUGACAUGUAUAAAGAAGUUAAGAAAUCAUCUUCAUAAUAAUAUAAUUGAAUAUUAAAGAAGAAUAAAUAUUUUUAGUAAAAUUU